GACUACCGUGCUUGGCAGAGGAUGGUGGCGAACGCGGUGUAAAUGGGAUAUAUUGCUGAACUAGCAAGCCAAUGGCCAGUUAGUAGGGGAUCAACCUGAUCAACCAUACCAAGGAGUCGCAACACCCUCGAGGAGGCCACGCAAAGAUCAACCACCAAUCUUGGUUGUCCCAUCGUGCUCUUGAAACGAAAGACGGAGUUUACGAAAAUGAAGCUUCCAUUGCGUCUUGCUGUCACUCUUGUGGCCUGGCACGCGGCCAUGGCAUUAGACGAUCUCGAAUACAAGCUUACGUCAAGCCUCUACAUGCCCGACGCGGACCACCAGGAGAUUUGUCGAGAAUACUUUGGGUCAGGUGCCGAGGUUGCUGAUUUUGAGGAUUUCAAGGCCAUGGAUCCCGAUACCGUUCAAGAGAUUAUGAGCGAAUUGAGCAUUGGCACCAGUCGCAACGAGCAUAUCUACUUUCUCAAGUAUCAAGGUCAGAGUCUGUAUCCCGGCACGCCGAGACAUGCCUAUUUCUUCGAGAACAAUGGAGGGGAUCCACCGGCAUUCGUUGACAUGGUGGAUCAUCACGGUGGACUGAAUGUUGGAGUUACAAACAAGUUUGGGCGAGUCGUUUGUAGGGUUACUCCGACAAUAGCAGAGCGGGUGCUGGUGGAAAUCCAAGAAAUAGGGGAACAGAUCCGUCAAACAGUCAACAACGCCGUCACCGAUACAUAUUCAGUGAGACGAAGACUGGUUAAUCAUGAGCCUCGUCGCUGAGUCUGAGUCUCUUACACGAGAGUGAAUACGACAAAUUGAAGCCCGCGCUCUGCUCAAGGUACAACAAACCUAUCACGAUCACUCGGUCUAGUACGAUGUAUGUGAAGGAAUAUUCGAGAGCGGCAAACACCCAGUUGUGAUCGACCACAACAAACAGCACAAAAAAACGCUUGAAUAGCAACAA